AUGGACCGCUUCAAUGCUAUCCGACAAAGGCUCAUACUCCAUCCUCGGCCAGGAUCCUUCACAGCAGAAGGUGACAGUGCCCGAUGGAGCAACAAAGACCUGGAUCCAGUUCCACCAGAGGAGAAGAAAUGGGAAUGGUAUCACGUGGGUGCAUUCUGGGUCGCGGAAGGAUUUAACGUCGCUCAACUCGAAACGCCGUCCAGUGCGAUUGCUCUUGGACUCAACCCGGGUCUGGCCAUCACGGCCUGCUUCGUUGGCAAUAUGCUUGUAAUGAUCCCAACUUUCAGCAGCGCCUAUGUUGGCAGCAAGUUUGGCCUCAACUUUCCCGUGAUCUCGAGAGCAUCUUUCGGUAUGCGCGGAGCAUAUAUCGCUAUGGUCAUUCGUGGCGUGGUCUGCGUCAUCUGGAUGGGCGUUCAGAGCUCUGUUGGUGGCAAUGCUGUACGAUGCAUGAUACAGGCUAUCUGGCCGAGCUUCAAAUAUUGGCAUGCGGACGCUCUACCAGCCAGCGCCGCCAUCACCGCACCUGAUCUUUUGAGCUUUGCCGUGUUCUGGAUCCUGCAACUACCCUUCAUGUUCUUGUCAGUAAACGCUCUGCGCUGGAUGCUAAUGAUCAAGGUCGCCGUCAUGCCAUUCUUCGGAGUCUGUCUGUUCACAUGGGCGUUGACAGCGUCCAAUGGAUGGGGGCCACUUUUCAGCAUUCCAACUAAAGUGUCGAACGGCUGGACGGUCGGCUACGUAUUCUGCUCGACGAUCACCGCAGCCAUUUCAAGCAAUGCUACUUUCGCCGUCAACAUGGGCGAUAUGACACGAUACGCACACAAUAGACACCAUGCGUGGCAGAUGCAGUUUGCGCUUCCAGUUGUUAUGACUCUGACGGAGCUCCUCGGGACUGUCAUGGCAGCGUCAGCACAAGUGGUGUAUGGCCAGAUUUUAUGGAAUCCGCUAUCUGUCGUGCUGCUAUGGACCAAUCGGCCAGCACAAUUCUUUGCUGGUCUACUUUUCUGCUUCGCCAAUAUCAUGACGAAUGUGGUCGGCAAUUCUGUACCUUUUGCCAAUGACUUGAUGGGCAUGGUGCCGAAAUACAUCAAUCUUCGCCGGGGCCAGAUCAUCUGUGCCAUCUUGGGCUUCGCUAUCUGCCCAUGGUUGAUACAAGCAAAAGCGCAGCGCUUUCUGGGCUUUCUUAAUGGGUAUACCGUUUUUUUGGGACCACUUAUCGGCCUGCUGGUCAGCGAUUACUGGCUGGUGCGUAAGGGUCAAGGCUACAACGUCCGAGCACUUUACCAGCCUGGGAACAGUCUAUACUGGUAUACGGCAGGCUUCAAUUGGCGCGCGAUUGCAGCUAUGCUUGUUGGCAUUGUGCCUCUGGUUCCUGGGCUGGCCCACUCGAUCAACAGCAAUUUGGCUGUUUCACGUGGUGCUCAAGCGUAUUAUACAAUGGCGUGGCUGGAUGGGUUGGUCCUAACGGCCAUGUCCUACUACAUAUUGUUCCUCAUAUCUCCAUGGACGCUAGAAUCGAACAGCAUCAUCGACGGCAGGGAUGACAUUGAAGCGGUGCCAGUUGAAAUGGAGGACAGCGAGGAGAAGUACACGAAGCAGAGCUAG